AUUGCGUAAAUAUAGGAAGUAAAAUUAAAAGGAAAUACCUUGAUUUUGAAAAUAUAUAACCGCAUGAUACGAUAAAAAGGUGGAUAGUUCGGGAUUUAAAUUUCUGAAAAAUGGUCGUGAAAAGUUGUUCAUACUCUAAUAUGAUAUAAUCAAAGCUUAAAAAAACAUGGGAUGCGAAACAGAGGUACCUCCCGAAGACCCGGAAAUAGAGCAACACUGUGUAGUUACCAACUCUGAAACAGAGUGCCACUCUGAACGCAAAUAUCCCCAUUCUGUUUCAAUUUAUAAUCGACUUGAAUUUGUAAAAUCCAAAAUGGCAACAGGAGGUGACACACAUUUGGGGACAAAAUGUCACGGACCUAUUGACGAAGUGGAUGAAACGUUAAAUGACAAUAAAGCUAACAUGGAUGAUAAAGGGAAGCAGUCUGAAGGGCAGACGGAAAAUCAAGAAGUAUCAUACAAAAACAAAGACGGCCUUGCUGAUCAAAGUGAUAUUGGAAAUACAGACAACUCAGAUUCAAAUGAGGCUGAAACAGCAGCGUCUAACCUUACUGAGAAAUUAAAUGAAACUGUUGAAGUGAAAACUGAUGCAAGUAAAAACGUACACGAUGCUAUAAAAAGUAACAUGCCGUAUGAAGGGGCAACCGGAGGUGGGGAUCCCUCAAAUGAAACUGUUCGUAUAGAAGUAUUAAAUAAGUUAGAAAAGUUGAAGGAUCGAUUGAAAACGGCGACAGAUAUACCCUCCCUUUUAUUAGAUGUUUCGCUGAGUUGUCUGAAACCAAGUACAAUAGAAUAUAUGUCUUAUCACCUUGACCCGCAAAGUGACGUCAUGUCACCGGAUGAUAAACUGAAAGACUAUCGGGGAAUGGCUGAAUGGAUUGGUCUCGAACCCGUGUUCAUUAAAUACAUAUCUCGUUCGCCAUACAUGUUCAAGACGAAGGAGGUACUAAGUAAAUGGCUGACACUGGAGGAAGAUCCAUUGCCGACAUUGAUGAAUCUCAGAUCGUGUCUCCUAGCAAUAGAUCGACCAGAUGUCCUCGAAGACAUGUCCGUUAAAAUUGCUUUAGACGCAGUCACAUGGAAGAAGACACAAUUAGAAGGUAAACAUGUUUUUUUCUUACCACGUGAUCACCACGUGAUCAUCUCAUAUUUAAAAAAGUUUUUGAGUGGAUAUUUCAAUUAAAUAAAUUAUAUUACA